AUGAUGUCCGCCCAUUUGCAGGGCGGAAAAGUGAACGUCGGUUUAAUUCAAACGUCGGCCAGGAAUAAUUUGCUGAACUUGCUGGAAAAAUGUCCGGGAAAAAAAGCCAUCGUGUGGGACCCUUCCCUAGCAGGCCCGGUCGGUCUGGUGGCCCAAAGUUUGGUGCUGAGAGAGCACUCCGUCACCAAAAUGUUCCCCUUGAGGGAAAGUGCAUUGCCUGAGUCGGACGUGGACCACGUUAUAUUUAUAUCGAGACCGAAGUUGAAUUUAAUGGAUUAUAUUUCUCAGAACGUGCAUGCAGAUUGUAAGACGCGUUUGGGCGCGAAAAAGUCGUAUCAUUUGUUUUUCGUGCCGAAAAAAAGCUUGCUGUGUAUUGAAAGAUUAAAGCAUAAUGGUGUUUUGGGGAAUGUUAUCCUUAUAGAAGAGUUUAAGUGUCAUUUUUUUCCAUUCGAAUCCGAUUUGAUAUCGAUGGAGUUGGGUGAAGUUUUUAGGGAGUACACUCUGGAAAACGACCCCACAUGCUUGUACCAAACAGCACAGGCCAUAAUAUUCCUUCAAAAGUUGUACGGCCCCAUACCUAAAGUAUGGGGGAAAGGGGUGGCAGCAAAACAAGUCUGGAAUCUUGUGAGCAGACUUCAACGGGAAGACAAGAACGAAAACACGAAAACCUGCAUCGAUCAAAUCCUCCUUAUUGAUAGAAGCGUCGAUUUGAUUACUCCUCUUGCGACUCAGCUAACCUACGAAGGUUUGAUUGAUGAGAUAUUUGGCAUCAAAAAUUCCGCAGCGUAUUUUCCCAUCGACAAUUUUUUGAGCGUGGAAGAGCGAAGCACGGAAUCUUUGAGCGAAGAUAAGAAGCAAAUAAUCCUGAACUCCCAGGACAAGUUAUUCGGGGACAUCCGCGACAAAAACUUUAACGCAGUGGGAGGCUAUCUGUCCAAGCAGGCGAAAGCAAUAAGCGCGCAGAUGGAAAACAAGCAGGAGCGCACCGUGCAGGAAAUGAAGCUUUACGUGCAGCGUCUUCCGCAGAUGCUGCAGAAGAAGAAGUCGCUUGCGCAUCACACCGCGAUCGCAGAGUGCGUUAAAGAGGUGACGGAUGGUUACGAGUUUCUUGACACUUUGCAGACAGAGCAGGAGUUUUUGAACUGCAUAGAAGUCGAUAAACCCUGUCCAUACAUCGAGGAGUCCAUUGCGCAGUGUAAACCGCUCGUCAAAGUUUUGAGAUUGAUGUGUCUGCAGUCCAUAGCCAGUUCUGGACUCAAACCGAAAAUCCUGGAAGCCUACAAAAAGGACUUGGUUCAAGUUUACGGUUUGGAAGCCCUUUUGGCUCUGACGAAACUUGAAAAAGUUGGCCUUUUGAAAACGCAAUCUGGCAGCAGACACUACACUGUCUUGAGAAAGGCGAUGCGAUUGACGAUGGAGGACACUUCCGAGAUAAACCCGUCGGACAUUAGCUACGUGCACAGCGUGUACGCCCCGCUGAGCGUGCGCCUGGUGGAGCAGGUGACCAAAAAAGGGGGCCUCCGUCAGCUGCAGGACGUUCUGGGGCUGCUCCCCGGCCCCACUCUGGACGAGUCGCCGCUGGUUCAGUCGCAAAGCGACCCAGCCAAUCCCAUCGCCAUAAACAACGAUCAGACCAGGGUCGUGCUCGUUUUUUUCGUCGGCGGGUGCACCUUCGCAGAGAUAUCUGCUUUGAGAUUUUUAUCUCAACAGGAAGACUGCAACGUGGAGUUUGUGAUAGCAACAACAAAGCUGAUAAACGGGGAGACGUUUUUGAAUUCCAUUAUAGAAUUAUAA